GAUAUUAUAUAAUCGAAAUUGUUCGGUGUGGACGCACCGAGCCCGAGCUGAAGCUAGUGCAGCAUUAUUAUAGCACGUUCGUCACAACGAAUCGGCCGCCGUCCGAAAAUAAUGGUGCGCAUCAUGCAGGGCGCGGCGCGAGCUGCUUCUCUCUAUCUUGCUAUCGCCCUUGUGUUGAUGGUGGAAGUGGAUUCGAGUUUUGACAAGAGCAAAGAAAUCCAGCGAUUGUUGGACGACAUUUUAGGACCAGUCGCCAGGAGUGGGCCGGAAGUUACAAUCAAGGUUGUUUAUUGUGGUGGAUGUGGGUACGGCUCCAGGUAUCGUAGGUUGGAGACGGAGCUAAGUGAUGAGUUUGGGGAUGACGAGAUAGCCAUUGUUGGCGAGUCCACUCCUGGUAUAACUGGUUAUUUUGAGGUAUCUGUCAAUGGUAACCUUAUCCACUCCAAGAAGGGUGGAGAUGCCUUCGUUGACAGUGACGCCAAGAAAAAGAAGAUAUUUGAUGCUGUGCGUGCGUCCAUGGGUUAAGAUGGCAGAUGCUACGCCAGAAUCAAAUGGACUCGACAUUUCAAAGUGGAUGGGCCUGUUUAUGACGGGACAAGCUUAAACGUGACUACCCUCACAAGGCUCGUUCUUGAUGCUGUACUAGGAACAUCCGCUGGGACAUGUGGACUAGAGUUUGGUUCCGGAAUUAAGUUUUGAUUUUACUUUGAGUAGUUUAGAAAGUUCAAAGCAUUUAAAGUUUUGUAAUGUGCACCAGGAUUUCUCUUCGUUAUUACUCCCAACUAGGUGUCUUAAUGUACCCCAAAGUCUCCCAUCUUAAGAAUUGACAGUCUAGAACAAUCUAUUUCAUCAUUUUUGUAAGGCAAAAAAGUAAAUAUAUUGAGAUAUUCCUUGAUACUAAUGUUUGGUUAAAGUUUUGAAUGUCAUCACGAGCCUUUGUAUCAAAUUGGAAGUUUUUCUUUUUCCAUUCAUUGAAUCAUAAAAAGUAGCGAUUGUUGCCUAGUUCAGAUUUCAUUCCAAGCUUAAUUUCUCGUAUAGCGUCUUAAAGUUAUCAUUGCUUCCAAGAAUAUUAAUGUGAAAGACUAGUCACAGUUGGGUAAAAGUCGGAUACAACUUCCUCUGUUGUGAUCUCAUAUCGUAUCAUCCGGGAAAUGAACUUAAAAAGGACUUUAAGAGUCUAGCAGCAUUUAAACCAAGAUUACAGGGUAAUACCAUUAUACAGACUGGAUAGCGCUUCGGGCCAUGGGGGUGAAGUCACUGGACGCCAUUUUGACACUCCCUUUGACCACGUAAAAAUACAUUCAAAGUCACGAAAUAAAAUUAUAUUUUUGAACAAAUAUUAACAUGAGUAAAAUGACACUGUGGGCAAAAUGAAUAAAUAAUACGUGUUUGAUGAUCCAAAAUUGCUUAAA